CUCCACUGUCUGUGCGCAGUCGGGUUAUGCACUGUAUUGUGGCGCAUUCUCGAAAAUUCCGACGCUCGAUAUUGACUUGACUUCACAGAGUCAACAAGAACGGCAGCACAACAGCUACAUAAUCUUCAAAAGUCUUCCAUCUAAUCGAAGCCAAUCGACUUCAACCGUCUUUGGUUACACGCAGCCUCAUUGAGUUUAUGACUUUGGACUCCAUGGUCCCAUAAAUCUCUUAAGAUCAAUAUUCAAUCUACUGUAUCAAAGCCGGGGCCGCCUGCUCGUGACCUUUGCCAACCGCACAGGGCUCAACACAGUGUCCGUUCUUUCUAGGCCAUCUAGAUCAAUGAGAUCUUCCAUCCUAGCAGCCCGCACUCUCCUCAGGGCGAGCUCCACGCGAUACAACGUCCCAUCAACCAGCAUUGCUGCACGGAGAACCAUGGCGUCAACGCCGUCAAAAGACUCACCUUCGCCAGCUCAGCCUUCAACCGGGACAUCAGCGAAUCCACUGGCAGAAAACUCCACAGGCACAGAUGGCAAACAACCUCUACCCCUGCCCGAGCCGCCCAAGGAUGGAGAGACUAUCAACCUCACCGUAGGCGGCGACGGCGUGAAGUUGGACCAUAUGGGGCCUUUGGUCGUCAACCAGGACGGGACCAUGAGCCGGAUCUCGAACUGGGCCGAGAUGAGUGAGAUCGAGAGGCAGAAUACGCUGCGGAUCCUGGGGAAGCGCAAUCAGCAGCGCCUGAAGAAGCUGAGAGAGGAUGCAGGUUUGAGCCCGGAUGGCAAUUAAGGAGAUUAUAGUGUUCGUGGAUGUAUCGUGAGGAUAAAGGGGCGGCAACUCUGGGACGAUCGAAAAUGGAAUCACAACGAGACAAGCGUGGUGACGUGCCGUAUCGCCGGGGAACGAGCGGCUCUUGAAUUAGUGGUACAAUUCUCCUUCGUGUAAGGGAGUUAGGAUGAGACGAUAUGGCGAUGUCGUGUUGUCUACAUCAAGGCGAAGCGACAGAGCUGUACAAUAACUAUGUAUCAUACCUGCGUUACCAACAUUACUCGCAACGUAUUCUUAGGUUUGAUAAUUAAUUUAGUAGAUCUGACAGAGCCGCUCUAGAAGAUAUCCCAACUUUCACAGAUAGAAAACAAGAAGGCUGGCCGCCAUGUAUUGUCUUCCGAAAAUCGUAGAUAUGUUUUCCUGGG